GUUCUUCUCCUCCGCCAUCUUGUGAUCAACCCGUUGUUGGACACACGCAGACCGUUUUUUCUGAUCGCCAUUUUUUCUCCCAUUUUUCCAAAAUGAACGACCAGCUCUGUAAACUGUUCGUCGGCGGGCUAAACGUAGACACCGAUGACGAUGGCCUGCGCAAGCAUUUCGAGCAGUACGGCUCGCUCACCGACUGCGUGGUCGUCGUGAACAAGCAGCUGCAGCGCUCCCGCUGCUUCGGCUUUGUUACCUACUCCACGCCGGAGGAGGCCGACGCCGCCAUGGCUGCCAGGCCGCACACCGUAGACGGCAACGCGGUGGAGGUGAAGCGUGCGGUGGCCAGGGAAGAUGCAAACAAACCCGAAGCUCUGGCUAAAGUAAAGAAAAUCUUUAUCGGUGGGCUGAAAGACGACAUCGAAGAAGAGCACUUGACCGACUACUUCUCGCAGUACGGCCAGGUGGAGAAGUCUGAAGUCAUCUCCGAAAAAGAGACGGGGAAGAAAAGAGGCUUCGGUUUCGUGUACUUCACCGACCACGACUCCGCCGACAAGGCGGUGGUGGUGAAGUUCCACACAGUUAAUGGACACAAAGUCGAGGUGAAGAAAGCCCUGACGAAACAAGAGAUGCAGGCGGCGAACAGAAACACAAUGGCGCCGAGAGGAAGGCCCGGCAGAGGCAUGAGAGGGAAUCAAGAUGGCUUCGGAGGCAGGGAUUAUGGCGGAAGCUACAACUACGGAAAUGGCGGCGGUGGCGGCUACAACUGUGGCGGCUACGGAGGGUACGGUGGACCGUACGGAGGUGGUUAUGGCGACCAGGGAAGCGGCUACGGUGGUGGCAACGGCUACAGCGACUUUGGCAGCGGCUACGGCCAGCAGUCAUCUGGCUACGGCCCCAUGAAAGGGCCGCCCUUCGGAGGCCAAAGGAGCGCUGCUCCCUACACCAGAGGCGGAGGUGGUGGAGGAUAUCCCAGGGGGGGCUACGGUGGUGGCGGCGGCUACUAAAAGAGAACACCCUCCCCACUCACGCCUCCAGCGAAACGUUUCUCCCCGCCAUUUGGUCGCAAAACUCUGUCAUGAAUGGGGCCGUCUGUCGUGAAUCCCAUCCGUGGCAGAGCCGCAGAGACACCCCUCCCCCACCUGAACCCCUAACAGGUUGCCCCUGUAACCUGGACUGAGG